AUGGUAGGUGAUUUCUGCCUAUCCUUUGCCAAUGGCCUUUGGGUUAAGGAGUAUCUCCCCAUCAAACCUUCUUUCAAAGAGGUUGUAAACACUGCUUACAAGGCAGAUAUAAAACAUGUUAGUUUCCAUGACCCUCAAGAAGUGAGAUUGUUGUUCAUGAGAAGCUCUGAGAACCAAUUUGUAAAAGCCUUUGACGGCUUCAAAGUCUUGAAGCUUCGUUAUGCAUAA